CGGCGAUGAGCAGCUUGAUCUCUUCCCUCGCCUGGGUCCGGCGCGGCAUCGCCGCCCGACAUCCAUCCAAAUAUGUCCUCGACGAUAAGGAGCUCGAGCGCGUGAGCGCACUCGCGAGGAUCGAGCUCGAGGAUGCGCGCACCGAGCUGGAGCGCGCGCACGAAGCCGCGCAGAUGAUGGGCAAGGGGGCCGAGGGGGAGGAGGCCGACGACGCGGGGGACGAUGAUGAGGAGAACUGGGUCGACGAAGACGAAGGAGAUGCCGAGGAUGCUAUGGAUGUGGACUCGAAAGCGCCCGAGCCGGCAGAUGACAUUGCUCAGUACAAGUUGGACGAGUAUGAUGAGGAGGCAACACCACUAUCAUCUGGUCCCUUCAGCAACAUCAAGGGCUUAACAUACUACAAGGAUAACAAUGACGACCCAUAUAUUACCCUCAAGGAGGACGCCGAAGACGAUGACGAACGCGAAGAGCUCGAGGUCCUCCCCACCGACAACCUCAUCGUCGUCGCCAAGACCGAAGACGAGAUCUCCCAACUCGAAGUCUACGUCUACGACGACUCGCAAGAGAACCUCUACUGCCACCACGACCUCAUGCUUCCCAACUUCCCCCUCUGCCUCGAAUGGCUCGACUUCACCCCCACCUCCUCCACCGCCCCCAAAAGCGCUUCGGGCAACUACAUCGCCGUCGGCACGCUCGACCCCGAGAUCGAGAUCUGGGACCUCGACACGCUCGAGGCGAUGUAUCCCGCGAGCAUCCUCGGCCGCCCGGACAAGACAAAGGCGCACAUACCAACACCCCUCGGUACGGGGAAGAAAAAGAAAAAGAAGACGAAGCACCGCGCGCAGGAGAAGGCGUAUCACGUCGACGCCGUGCUCGACCUCAGCUGGAACCGUGCGCAGCGGAAUCUGCUUGCGAGUGCCAGCGCGGACCGCACGGUGAAGCUGUGGGAUCUGAGCCGCGAUCCGACGAUCGGGGACGCGGGCGAGGAUGGCGAGUCGGGGGGUGCGAUACGGAGCUUCGACCUGCACAAGGACAAGGUGCAGGCCGUGCAGUGGAAUGCGGCGGAGCCAAGUGUGUUGUUAACGGGCUCGUACGACCGCACCGUACGGACAUUCGACUCAAGAGCACCCGAUGCCGGCGUCGGCGCUGUACUUGGCAGCGAUGUCGAGGCAGUACGAUGGGACCCUUGGGAAUCCUACGGCUUCUACGUCUCCCUCGAGAACGGCCUCGUCCUUAACUACGACGCCCGCACCCUCACCAACGACCUCACCUCCACCAUCGUCCAACCCCGCUUCACCCUCGCCGCGCACGACGGCGCCGCCUCCUCCAUCGAUGUCAACCCACACAUCAAGGGCUGCCUCGCCACAGGCGGCACCGACAAGCUCGUCAAGGUGUGGAACGUCACCGAGGACGACGCAGAUGGCAAGCGCACCGUCAGCCUCGUCACCUCUCGAGACCUCGGAGUGGGCAAAGUCUUCUCCACCCAUUUCUCGCCCGACGACCCGCUCACCCUGGCCGCCGCCGGAUCCAAGGCGAAGCUCCAAAUCUGGGACGUCGGCGCAAACUUCGGCGCGCGCAAGGCAUUCGCGAGCAAGCUCAAGACCGCAGGGCGCGAGCUCAAGGAGCGGGCGGAGGGUCAGGACGGCGUCGUUGGUGUGGUCGACGAUGAGGAGGAGAGCGAGGAAGAGGACUAGUUGCGAUUGUGGCGUGUUUAUAGACGAUACAUGGAUCAUGGCGCGCUUGUGACGAGCGUCUUGGAUAA